GUACAAGACACAAUGCCCGGCACACUAUCCUCAACCAGCUGCAUGCCAUGCAAAGUGCAGAAACGCAAGGUAUGGAAAACCCAUCUCACAGUGACGCAGCUUGCUUUGGUAAUGUGCUCCUAACCACAGUCAAAUCCCAGUGUGACCAGACCUGGCCGGUUUGCAAAGCCUGCGAACGAAAGAACAUCCAGUGCCCGGGGCCCAGCUCCCUGCUCAAAUUUGUUCACGGAGGCCCACGUGCAGAUCAUAAGAGUUCUCGAGUAGAGCCUUUCUAUCAAGGAACCGUCUCUGCAUCAGAUACGGAUGCACCGGCCGGUAUCAAGGAAAAGAGGAAAGCCGUCUUCACCGGUAGGGGCUCGAGUAGACGCGUACACGGAUACCAAAGUGCUUUCCGUUUAGCUCCGCGUCCUGUGCCAACGUCUCAAGCAGAGCGGAUUGGAUCGCAGCUGGUCAACCAUCUUCAAAGCCGCCCAAUUACUGAUAUGGUCUUGAUGGGAUUUCUUCCAGAUCUACCUAGGUAUCUACCGAGGAGCAAAACGCUACAGGACUCAGUGAGCCUGUUGUGUUUGCUUUGGACUAACUGCCGCCGAGGCAUUCCGGCUGCUUUAUCUGUCGAUAUGCCUGAAUAUGGAAAGGCCAUUGGGAGCUUGCGGCGUACCUUGGAGAGAAGCAAAAAGAUGACCCUACAAACCUUGGCAUCUGCGGCGAUUUUGGGUCGCCUAGAGUACUCAUUUCUACCAUCCAGCGGUUUAAUGAGGUUUGGGGUUCAUCCCCGGGGAAUUUCGAUCAUGACGCAGCAACUAGGGCCGCCUGGUAGGGAUGAUGUAGUUUAUGCGGCUAUUUUAAGAGAGACAUACAAAGUGUUGACUCCUUAUUGGUUUUUCACCGGCGACAAUGUCUUCUUGAAUGAAAAGCAAUGGAAACAACCUAUCCAAAAGAACAUUCUUCAAAAGAUCGGAUCCAGUAGCCUAGAACCCCACGAGUUCGCUGCCAUGGAGGUAGCUGCACGCCAUUUCGGCGGGAUGUAUGACCAGCUCUGCGAGUGCCAUCGGAUUAGAUCAGAGCCACACCAGCCGGCAGCAAUCGAGGAUAGUCAUGGCGCUAUCAAAUAUGCCCGUGACCUUGAAGAGGCUGCCGCUGCGGCAAAUACUGAUCUUUUACGCGCUGCUAUUCAAUCCGGGGAUGUGGAGGAGGUGGUCGACCAAAACUCGUUGCCCAAGACGAGCUACAUGAUAUCAAACAUCCACCUGGGUGAGAUUCUACUCUUGUCGCUCCGGGUCCAGUUUCUCAAUUUAAGGAUUUACUACGACUGGGCUGUUUUGUAUGACCUACCACAAGCGGAUGAAUUGUACUCUAGACUGAAGGAUCUUGCGGUUGAGUCGUGGAAGUACAUCGGCUUUCUGCGCGGCAUCGAGCUCUUUGACGCGACGAUGUUGUCACCCGCCUUGUGGCCUUCUCUGGAGCUUGCGACUGAAGCUGAGAGGCAGUAUUUGAUGGAUUUCUUUACAGAGAUUGACAAUUUCCGGCAUACAACGCCAAAGGAUAAAAAGGAAGAAGAGAUGAGGAUUCUAUCAUAUACGGCUAUCAUCACGGGUCGCAAGAGUGCCAAGAACGACCCGAAUAGU